UUGAGAGGAUCUGAUUGGUUGGAACUUUGCAAUAAGGACCCAGAGAGUGGGAGCAAGAUGGUUAUUAAUUCAAAUACUAGUAGCGUUCACUAGCUUAGACCAGAUUAAUUUUCAAACUUUUUGCCAUUUAGAAGAAGUUUACCACGACAUAGGACAUAGAAGCUAGGAUAACCACACUUGUUCAUAGGAGGUGAGGCGAAAGGCAGCCAAGUGUAGCUUGGGACUCGGCAGCAAUAGAUGAUCUCCGAAAUGUCUACGACAUGGUUGAUACCGUGUAUAAUGGUGCUAUUGGGGAUGACCAUUACUGAGAGUGGGGCCGAUGAUAUAGCUCUAAAGCAGGAUAACAGCCUGUCUAAUGAUGACAAACUGCUUGAAUAUGUAUUGGAGGAACUUGCACGAAAUGGUGAAUUAUCAGGCAUGUCAAACGACGAUGUAGAAUCGCCGAUAUAUCUCGAUGAAAGGUCAUUGCGAGAUUUCAUUGGAAAACGCGGCGGCAUGAGGGACUUUAUUGGGAAAAGAGGGGGUCUAAGGGACUUUAUUGGGAAAAGACGAGAUUUUAUAGGGAAACGCAGAGAUUUCAUUGGAAAACGAAGGGAUUUCAUUGGGAAACGCAGAGAUUUUAUUGGGAAACGAAGAGAUUUCAUUGGGAAACGCAGGGAUUUUAUUGGGAAACGAGAUCUUCUCGCAAGCGAUAUAGAUUCUGAUAAAAGGGGAGGUAUGAGGGAUUUCGUUGGCAAACGGGCAGGUGGCUUGCGAGACUUUCUAGGAAAAAGAGCAAUUACGAGAGAUUUUGUUGGCAAAAGAGCAUCAUGGGCAAGGGACUUUAUAGGCAAAAGAUCAGCCUCAUUACAGAAUUAUUCAGACAGCAUUGCAACUGAUAGCACUAAAGACUUAUCUGAAACAAAAGAUUCCAGUCGGACUCUAAAUAAUAUCAAUGAGAGUGUAGCUGGUGAUGCAUCAUCAGAUCACCAACAAUGGUGGUCGAAACAGCAUUAAUAAGAGCUGGAUUCAGCAAUAUUAUGGUAACUCUAACAGAAAUUUCUCAUACCAAAAGGAUUAUCUCUGACGUUCCGUCUGAUGCGAGGUAUGCAACAUAUAAAAACUCAUUACGAAGAACUAUUUUGAAUAUAAUCAAACCUUCACAGAAUGGCGAUAACACAUACAAACGUGCCGAUUACAUGUAUGAACCUAUGCUCACACUGGGCUUUCCGAAAAGAGCUCCACAAUUUCUCGGUGGAACGGUUGGGUUUUUAAAACGCAGUCCGCAGUUCCUCGGUGGUACUCCGGGAGAGCCUUUCCCUAAACCAACCAGAACGUCGUCAGCUUUUACGGAGAAUCCAAAAAGACAACGAGAAUAUAUACAAAUGGGCGAAUGGCAAGGACGAAGAAAUGAACCAUUUGUUUCUAGGCGUAGCAAAUCUCAUUACAGUCCAAAAUUAGAUUUUGAUUUAAUAAUACUUAGCGACUCUGCCGCACCACAAAAAUCUCUUAUCUUUGAGCCUACACGUAUUGCCAAGAGAUCCACAAACUAUUCUGCAAACUCCAUUAACAGCUGUCCAUCUUGUGCCCCAAAAUUAGACAAAUGGCAAGGCAACGAGAAACGUGCUGUUGAAUCGUUUGGUAAGCGACAAGAAUGGUUGGGCAAACGAGGUGAAUGGCUUGGCAAACGAGGUGAAUGGCUUGGCAAACGAGGUGAAUGGCUCGG